GCGAUCACGGCUCGCUGCUACCUCGACGUCUACAUCCCUGUGCAGCACCAUGCUUUCAGCAGGGUGCCAUUGAUGGUCAUCAUCCUGGUGGCGGCCCUGACGCUUCUGAUCGAGGUGAUGAUGAUGGGAGUGGACAUGGUCCGCGCCAUCGGCGUGAUCGAUGGCAGG